ACUCGCCCAGCCCAGCGCCGGAAACCUCUCUCAACGAUCAUCUUCUGACUGGACCAGACCUUACCAACGCACUGGUCGGAGUGUUAUGCCGCUUCAGAAAGGGUCCCAUCGCCUUCAUGUGUGACGUGGAGAGAAUGUUCCAUCAAUUCUAUGUUGUCAAGGAACAUCAAGACUACCUGAGAUUUCUCUGGUGGGACAAAGGUGAUUUGAACUCCGAACCUUCAGUGUACAGGAUGAAAGUGCACCUUUUCGGGGCAGCUUCCUCUCCCGGAUGCUGUAACUUUGGACUCAAACAUCUCGCAUCUCAAAGUAAAGACAAGUUCAGCAAAGAGACUGUCAAGUUCAUCCAAAGAGGUUUUUACGUUGAUGAUGGACUUACUAGUGUAACGUCAACAGCCGAAGCCAUAAAGCUGGUUGAAGAAUCAAGAGCACUUUGCAAGACAGGCAAACUCCAUUUGCAUAAGUUUGUGUCAAACAAUAAAGAAGUGCUCGAAGCAAUUCCCCAAGAAGAACAAGCUCAAGCCAAAGACCAAGACCUGGCUCUUGGAGAACCCCACGUUGAACGCGCACUCGGAGUACAAUGGUGUAUCGAAGCAGAUGAAUUCCAAUUCAGAGUCCAAGUCAAAGACAACCCGUUGACAAGGAGAGGGGUGCUCUCGACAGUUGCAUCAGUCUAUGACCCCCUUGGGUUUGUCGCCCCAUUCAUACUGAUUGGAAAGCAAAUACUCCAAACGUUGUGCAAAGACAAAGUAAAUUGGGACGACGAUCUCCCAGACCACAUUCUACCACGGUGGGAAGCAUGGUUGAGAGACCUGCCCAAACUGGCAGCUCUGAAAAUCCCACGAAGUUACUCACAAGACAGCAAUGUUGUACAGUACGAGUUACAUAACUUCUCAGACGCAAGCCUCGAAGGUUAUGGCGCAUGUUCAUACCUCAGAGCAAUAAGUAAAGAAGGAAAAAUCAGUUGUUCACUAGUCAUGGGUAAAGCGAGAGUUGCACCGACUAAACAAACCACCAUACCAAGACUCGAACUAUCAUCAGCCGUGACUUCAGUCCGCAAUGCAGAUGUAAUCAAGCGAGAACUGGAAAUUGAAAAUCUCAAGGAAUAUUAUUGGUCAGAUUCACAAGUCGUAUUGGCAUACAUAUCCAACGAUGCAAAAAGAUUUCACACAUUCGUCGCCAAUCGAAUCCAACGAAUAAGACAAAGCACAAGUCCUGAAAAAUGGCAGCACGUCAGCUCAGAAAACAACCCUGCUGAUCAUGCCUCAAGAGGUUUAAGUGCAACUCAGCUGAAAGAAUCAAACUGGUUAAAAAGCCUAGAUUUCCUUUGGAAACAAGAUAUUCCAGUCAAUGAGGAAAUAGUGGGAGAGAUCGAAGAAACGGAUCCCGAACUCCGUAAAGGUCACACGCACACAACACAGUCAAAGGAAGCAAACCCAGUGCUACAACAUUUACAGAAAUUUUCCGAUUGGUCAAGAGCAAUUAAGGCCAUCGCCAGACUCAAGAGAUUCAUCAAAGAAUAUAAAGGUAUCCAACAAAGAACGAACAAAGUCACAGAUCUUGAAGAGAGAAAGGAUGCAGAAGUGUUCAUCAUCAAGCUAGUGCAAAGAGAAGCUUUCCCUGAGGAAAUAAAGAAAAUCCGAUCUCAAAAAGAAAAUUCUCUACACAAGCACAACAGACUAAUACAGUUGAAUGCUUUCCUGGACAAGUCAGAUGUUGUCAGGGUGGGAGAAAGAUUAUCCCAAUCAGCCUUACAUCAUGAUGUGAAACAUCCCGCAAUUCUUCCCAAAGAAUCUCACGUGUCAGCCCUACUCGUCAAACAUUACCAUGAACGUGUACAUCACCAAGGAAGAGGCAUGACUACAAAUGAAUUGCGUGCAAAUGGAAUAUGGAUCUUAGGAUGUGGAAAUGUUGUUUCAUCGCACAUCUACCGCUGUGUUAAGUGUAGAAAAUACAGAAAAACUGCAAAGGUCCAACAGCGACAGAAAUGGCAGAAAGUUUCAAGAAACCUGCAAGUAAAUGAUAUUGUGAUCAUACAGGAUGACAACGCUCCAAGAUGUAAAUGGAAACUAGCUCGAGUGAUAGAAACUUUGGAAAGCCCAGACGGCAAAGUUCGAAAGGUGAAGUUGAAGACCAGUGAAACCACUUUUGACAAAAGGAAACCACUGACGAGACUGAUAUACCUAGAAAGACCUAUUCACAAAGUCAUGACCCUACUUGAGACUGACUUACACAGUAAAACAGACUCGAACCAGGAUACUUCUUAAAAAAUCACAUUGAGAGACAAUGAGUGAUUUUGGUGGGAGUGUAAGUGUCGUUGAAACUUACACCUAAUAUUUUUGUUUUAAGGGUUAAUAUUUUUUGUUGAAAAUGAUUAUGGUUGUGAAUUCAUGUUACAUUUUUUGUAAAUAAGACAUAUUUUGUUUACUAUAAAAAGGGCAAUUUAUUUCCUUUGUUACACCGCUAUUCUCGCGAGGUUUUGGUUUACUAUUGGAAGUUGCGAGACCUGCAUUCGCCCAGACAUGCAAAGAACUUUGAGCGAGCCAUCAGCAGCAGCAAGAACAUUUAGCUGGCUGAAUAAGGUAUUUGUCAUAUUGUAUCGAAUUGUUCUGUAUAUUUAUAAAGUACAUUGGUUUAAUUAUUGUACGCUCAUUUAGUAUGCACAAGACUGAAAUAUUUGCUGCCCAAGAACCUCCGAAGUGGCAGGCGGC